GAAGGAGAGCGUGGGAACCGUAGGAAUCAUUCUUGACUUACGACCGUUGACGACAGGACGUGUUUCAUCCUCUUGCUUGUGCCACACGCUCACUUCUCUUGCCUUGCAGUCAGCAUCUUCCCAUCUGUUGCAUCCCAGGCCACAAAGAAGCAACAAGUUUCUAAUCUUGCUCUAGCCAUUUUAAGAUACCACAGUGUGCUUUUACUCGUCUUUGUUCCAACGAUCUUGAGAAUCCACGAGAAAUUAUGAAGCGAACUCUGAGUGACUCUGAUACGGAUGAGAUCUUCGAUGACUCCAUCAAGGGGUCCCCAAGUCAAUCUUGCCCGGUGACAGCUCGCAAGAAGCGCAGAGGGAUCAUUGAGAAGAGAAGACGUGACAGGAUUAACAAUUCUCUGACUGAGCUGAGACGACUUGUCCCUGCUGCUUAUGAAAAACAGGGCUCAGCAAAACUUGAGAAGGCUGAAAUUCUGCAGAUGACAGUGGACCAUCUGAAGUAUCUGCAUGCUAAAGGUAAGCAUGGUAUUGAUGGUUCGUUCCACCCUUAUGGCGAGGCACACGCCUACGCAAUGGAUUACCGCGUACUGGGGUUCCGAGAGUGUGCCUCCGAGGUUGCCCGUUACAUGGUGACAGUAGAGGGUAUGGAUAUCCAAGAUCCUCUACGUCUUCGCCUCAUGAGUCAUCUCCAAUGCUACAUGGCGCAAAGAGAGUUCCAGUCCAGGCAGCAUUACUCAGUACCAGGCCAUCCACACUCUCAGUUCACCUCACACGCUGCUGCUCACGGCCAGACUGGGGUACUACCUCACGGGCAGCAUAAUGCGGUCACAGACGCCUCACACGGCCCGCCUCUCACGUCUGGUGUCCAGAUUACAGAUACCUCCACGGCUGGAAGGCAAAUGAUCCCGAUGAUCACCAGCUCCAGCCAGGAGGCCUCCUCCUUGACCUCAUGUCACGCACGUCUCCCAAUGCCACCCUCAACGGCUGCCUCCGUACCAGUUAACUCGUCGGUGUCUGCCCAGAUCUCGCCGCCUGUGGCACCAAUUCAGAGUCUUCACACGCAGUACCCUGGAGUGACGUACAACAGUCUGCCAGUCCUUUCUCCCAAUGGGUUCAGCCCGACCAGCUCAUCACACAUGACUCACAGCGCCAUUAUGUCUAAACCGUAUCGCCCAUGGGGAGCAGAGAAUAUGGUUUACUAAAAGAAUGACGUCACGGCUUCUCCCUGAUGAACUUUGACCCUUGCUGGAAGUCUUCCCUCAUUGGCGGUUGUCAUCGUCACAACCAUCUGAGAUAUGGUGGAACCAUUACAAGGGCAGUAGGUGGUUUGGGUAAAUUUUCUCCGUCGGCACCCAAACCCAACAGUGUAUUUCAUAGUGUCCACCAUUAUCUCAAAAAUGCUAAUGGUGUAAACCACACAUUGCUAUAGAACCACCCGAUUUGUGGUGCUUUUGUGUUUAACUCAUUCAAUUUGAAGCACACGUAAAGCACCAGUGUGUGGCGAUUUUUUUCCGUACCACACGCUAGCUAUGGCGCCACAAUCGAGCGUUCUGAUUGAUCAGUUUGAUAUUUUCAAAUGGCCUAAGGUCAAUUACUCGCAAAAUCAGAAAUGUGCCUAAAAAAACUAAAUUAUAGUUAUCUUGAUUAAUGCAUAAUGUGCACACUAUGACUUCACGAAAGAUUAUGCAUAAUUCAAAAAUUAAUUUGAACGAAAACAAUUAACGAUGAAAGAAAUGACUUUGAUUUAAAAAAAAAAACUCGAACACAAGGUGCUAAUAACUGAUACAAAUAAACAUUAUGCAUACACCAAUUAUUUCGGCUUUUAUAUUUGUUUCCACUAUGCAUUUGUUUUUUUAAUUUUCGCUCAUUGAAGUGGAAAGUGUGCUGGUAAAAAAAAAGGAUGUCAAUGGGUUUUUUAUUCCACAAACCUAAGUUACAGUACAGCUGCAAAUGUUUCUCAACUUGAAUUCAAUUAGAAACAACACCCUGGACGUAAUGCUAUUUAUUAUUAUAUUUAUUAUUAUCCCAUUGAUGUUUAAAACUUAAUUUAUUUAAAAAACAACAUUCCAUGUAUUAAGUCCUCAAUCAUUUAAAAUGGAGAAAGGUAAAAAUACUUAACUACCACGAAGUGCGACUAUAUUUCGAAAUCUUAUUUAUUGUUUACCAGAAUGAAAAGUAACUACCAAUUUCGUCACAUGUACUUGACUUGAAACUACCGUUACAAUUGUUAUAUUUUAUUGUAUUUAUACUGUUUGUAAAAUCCUGUAAAUAAUUAUUUAUUUAAAAGUCUUCAGCUAUGUCACAGCGUAUUCAGUUUGCCCUAUUGAGGCCAUUGGAGACUAUCUAGUACAACAAGCAUGCUUUGUUGAGACAAUUUACUGCUUAAUGUACUGAUAUGUUACCAAUAUUUAUUCAACCUAAGGAGGAAAAGGUCACUUAAACCGUGUACAUCUGUAAAUCAGAAUGUAUAUAAUGCAUAUUUAUGAGCUAAUAUCCCGUGCCUUAAGUCAUUGCUAUGCCUCCGUCUGUUCUCUGCAUAAACGAUUUUAUGAAAGGCGUUUUUUCGGAGUUUAAGCCAUAGCCGCAAUAGAAGCAGCCAGUCUGGACAAGCCGCAUCAUAACAUGGAGUAGUAUCUAUACUCAUUGGUACUUUAAAAGCCGUGCCCAGACUAUUAGGUAACGUUGGAUACGGCUAUGGUUCGUGGCUAACACUGAAAUGAACAGAAAUAACAAGCAACCCAAUGGCGUAGCCAACUCAAGCUGGGGCCGAUUUGACAAAAAGGACUAUACUUAACUGCAAAUCAAUCGCAGUUGCUAGUGUGAUGUCACAAUACAAAUCACGAUGAUAGUACUGACAAUUUUGGUAUUGCGAUGACUUUUAUCACUUUGUGAAAUUGAGCCAAGUUGUCUUUUGACACGAUCGUUGAAACGUUAAUUUCAAGAUACCGGGCAAUUAAUUUAAAAAGAUGUGGAAGCUGAUUGUUGAGUGAACGGCACAGAUCUUUAAUGAAGCUGCCAAGUGAUUUAAUUACUAGCAUACCACUAAAUAGUAGACCAAGUCACCUUGUUAUUAAUAAAAAGUUAUCUGGUACAUUCCAGUGUUUUCACUGGCCGGCAAUAUACAACACUUUAGUCAUAAUGAUACAUUUUAAAUUUAAUAUCAGAAUUAUCACACUAAUCAAGAAUUGUAAAAACAAUAAUAGUUGAACAGGUUUGGUUAUUUCUUUGAAUAAAAAGUAACAUAAACCUCAUCUAUUGAUGAACUUUAUGUCAAAUUUACUUGGGUGUGUACAGAUCGUGCCUAUCCGAAGCCUUUUAUUGCUAAGGUUACAUGGUUUCUAUAAAACUCAAAAUAUGCAAACUCAAAAACAGGUACCCAGCUUUAUCGGGUAUCAGUGAAAAGGGUCUUUUUGAAUGAUAGGAAACAAAAUUCAUGUUUACGCUAUCUGUUUAUAGCAACGUUGAUAAUCAUAUUAAGGACAACAUUCUUUGAUAAUGAUUUUUUUUUAUACAUCGGAAAGCUGAAAUGGUAAUAAAAUGA